UGCAGGCAAACAGAAGGUCCGAUCCAUACCCUCUGACGUUACAGGGGACCAGAUUUGAUACGUCGCCGAUAUAUGUAUCAAAGCACAGGAUUAUCCUCUUAAGGGGGCCAGUGAUAAUCCCAAACGCUUAGAUUCCUAAGAGAAACACCGGGAUGUAUGGAUGCAUGCCUUCUUCCAGAGCGUUGACUUAAAGAUAUCUAUGGAUGUGACGAGUAAUAUUUACAGGGAUAUCCAGACUACAGCUUGAGACAACGCGUCGAUCCCAUUGAUUACCACCAUAGUAUCCGGAGUCGAGAAUAAUGAGGGUCUUUUGGAUGGGAUAUAAAGGAUGCCAACUCAUCUCUAUCGAAACGUCGUGAGACGUCAAGGUCUCCUCGAUAUCUGUCAGAUAUCUCCAUCUCAUGACUUAGUGAUUUGUCUUUUUUCUUUCUGGGCCUUUCAAUAUGGGUAGACUAAAUGAUGAUGAAUCGCUUGCUGGUCCGCUGUUGCUAGAAAAGAUUGAUAAAUUAUUUGCCUGCAACGUCCAUACGCUCAUGGGUCUCUCAACUUCUGAAGGAGAUGGAUUACCAACGUUCUCUAGACACGUUUUACGAUUGGAGAUUUGUGGACCCAAAGAAGACCAUCUCACUGUAAUUGAUGUCCCCGGUAUUUUUCGAAUGACAACUCCGGGUAUCACUACUCAAGACGACAAAAAGAUGGUUCGAGAAAUGGUUCAAGGGUAUAUGAAGAACCCACGUUCCAUCAUGCUCACCGUCGUAUCGGCCAAUGUUGAUAUUGCAAACCAGGAGAUCGUUGAAAUGGCGAGAGAGGUGGACCCAUCCGGAGAGCGAACACUUGGAGUUCUUACAAAGCCAGAUCUCGUCGAUAAAGGAGCUGAAAAUAAGGAAGGAGGCGUAGAUCGAGACAUAGCGGAAGAGGAUUUCCGUCACACACAUCCAUGGAACACUAUUGGAGAAGAGAAAUUCGGUAUCAAGGCUCUAAGAUCUCGUCUUCAAGAAACGGUGACCACAAAUGCCCGACAGGCUUUUGCAUCGGUCCGUGCCGAGAUCAACAAAAAGCUCAGAGAACGACAAGAUAACCUUGCAGGUCUUGGGGAAGAACGUGAAACCCCAGAGCAGCAAAGCAGAUAUCUGCUGAAGGUCAUGAACUCGUUCGAGGGCAUCACGCGACAUGCCCUGAGUACAAACUAUAGUUCAAACGACCAUUUUGACGAAGAUGAAGAGCUGCGACUCGCUACACGAAUCGUCAACAGGAAUGACGAAUUUUCCAAUGAUAUGGCUCUAUGGGGUCAUGAAUACGAUUUUGCGAUCGACAAGACCCAUGGUAGCACAGCUGACCCCCACCAUACUGAUAUCAAAGACGAAUACCAGUUCGAAAGCAGAAAGCUUUCUGUUCUCCCUGACUUAGAAGAUAUUCUCCAUCUGGAGGAGGGUGGAAGUCUAUGCAAGCCACGGGGCGACGAUAUCUAUGCGUGGAUAGAGAAACAAUACCGCAGCUCCCGGGGAUUCGAGAUCGGGACCUUUAACUGCACUCUGCUCUCCACAGUUAUGAAACAGCAAUCGAGAAAAUGGAAAUCCAUUGCAUAUGGAUACAUAAGCGACAUAAUUAUUAUGACGCACACGUUCACUCUAAAGGCGUUGAGUCUAGCCUGUCCCGAUGUUCGAGUUUGCCAGAAUCUAUUGUCUGUUCUGAUGGAUCAGCUUGUGGAGAGAUAUACAUCUGCAAUUGACAAAGUAAAGUUCCUUCUUUUCGUUGAAAGGUCUGGUACUCCAAUGACGCUUAAUCAUUAUCUCAAUGAUAACUUGGAAAAAUGUCGACAAAAACGAUUCAUAUCUGAUAUAGGGGAGAAGUCAUUGGACGCUGCUUCCCACGGAAGAGUUGUUCGAGUUGAUGAUCUUGCCACACAACAUCACAUGAGCAACGAAGCGCAUACCGUUCGGGACAUCCAUGAUAUUCUCGAAUCCUACUACAAGGUGGCACGUAAGCGUUUUGUUGAUAACAUCUGCAUGCAGGCAGUUGAUUACAACCUUGUGACUGGCCCGAAUACUCCAAUGCAUCUAUUCUCUUCUUCUCUCGUCUCUAGUUUCACAAAAGAACAGCUGGAUGAGAUUGCUGGCGAAGAGACAGCACUGAAGCGCAGACGGCGCCAGCUGGCUAAGGAGAUCGAAGACCUUAAACAGGCAAGGAAAAUUCUUUUCUGAUUCACUGAACGAUGAUGGAACUUUGGAGGGCAGUUCGGUUUUCUGCGAAGACAUCCUGUACAUGAGACCUGUUCAGUCACCGUUAGGACGAUCCUCUAGAGGUCACACACAGGGAGGAUUGACCAAAGGUGUGGAUAGAAAUACAGAUUCAAUGGACGUGGUUUCUUCAUAAGCUCUUUACCAUAUUAAACUACUAACACCGCGACGAGAAUUCUUCAAUGCUUGAUAUGGCGGUAGUCUUACCACACGAGCUAACUUCCAAAAACAGAUGCUUGUGGUUAUUCCACGAAUGUUACUCAAAUGAUGCGAAAUCUGAC